AUGGCAGAAGCAGGAGUCUUUCACAGUCUCAACAGUAGUAGAGAUGUGCCUUCCCCAGCAGACUUGGCUAUUGAGCGCAACACGACGCUCAAAAGAGGUCAAAGAUCAAGGAAAGCAGCUAAAACUGAUCGGAAUGCCCCUCUUGAUUCCAAUGAGAGGGGAGAAGGAGGAGCCAUCUCCUUGAAUGAAGGAACCCAAGCUACAAGAGGCAGAGGAUCCUCCAGAGGAAGAGGCAGAGGCCGAGGACAAGGAAGGGCAAGGCAAACAAGCUCAUCACUCACACACAUAGAGCCACCCCCUCCGGAAGUCUUCUCUAGACUGGGACCUCAAGGGGACAAAGGGAAAAAGGUGGCCUCAACGGCAGUAUGGAGAUAA